UUGGCUCUCACUCAGCUCAGCCUAGAGCAUGGCUAUUCACUGCACUCUCCAGUUCCUGGGCGCAGCGCUCCUUGUUUCUCUCGUCGUUAAGUCCGCCGGGGGCAGCGAGGCGAGCAAGGUGGCAACGAGUGCAGUGGAUUUCCACCGGGAGUUCAACCUCAGGCACGAGACGUGGAUGGGGAGAUACAACCGCAGCUACCGCAACGCAACAGUUCGAGAAGAGCGCCUCAAGAUCUUCGCGGAGAACGUCAAAUUCAUCGACAACUUCAACAAAGAAAAGCACAACUUCUCACUGAAAGCCAACGAGUUCGCUGAUCUGACCGACAAGGAAUUCCUGAAGCUGUACAUCAACCCGGGGCUCUCGCGCCACGUUAUUCCUCAUCUGAGGCACCGGUACAAGCCUGCCAACCGCACUAGACCACCUCAAUUACCUAAGAACGCAACGAUUCAGGUACCCAUGCUGGACUGGAGGACCAAGGGCGCAGUCACCGGUGUCAAGGAUCAAGGAAAGUGCGGCGCUUGCUGGGCGUUCUCUGCCGUAGCAGCAAUGGAGGGCAUCAUUCAGAUUAAAACAGGCAAGUUAACAUCCUUGUCGGAGCAGGAGCUCGUAGACUGUGUGCCAUCGAAAAAGGAGAACUCGCCGUGCCUCAAAGGCGACGUUAAGAGAGCUUUUGACUUUGUGAUCCACAACGGCAGUCUGACAACUGAAGACAACUACCCGUACAAGGGAGUUCUUGGAGCCUGCAAUUUCAGUCUGAAUUCUGCUACCUUUCAGACUCAAGCUGGUGGCGUUACGAUAAGCAGAUACGAGCAGGCUAAAGAUGAGAAUGAACUCUUGGAAGCUGUGACCAGGCAACCGGUCUCGGUCUCCGUCUCGAUACUCGUUGACAAUCCCAAAUUCUUCCAAUUGCAUGGCACUGGUGUCUUCACCGGCAUUGGCUGCGGACCUGAUUAUGCCAUCAACCAUAGCAUGACGGCGGUGGGCUACGGCACUGAGAACGGCACCGACUACUGGCUCUUGAAGAACUCGUAUGGGCCAGAUUGGGGGGACAACGGGUAUAUAAAGAUGGCUAGAGGAAUUUGUGGGAUCACCAAGCAAGCUGUCUACCCGGUUAUCGACUGACUCUGCAAAUAGAUGGCUCCAUGUAUGGCUACUCAAUUAUAUAUAGAGGAGGAGAUAACAAAAUUAUAUAUACUAAUUUAUUUCCUCUUCAAUUAUA